CCCAUAGGCUGGAUUGCAACUCCACUCUCCAUCAUUCCAUCGAGUCAUCGACUGUUCUGUUUGCCCAAUUCGUCCAUAGGUCUGAUCACUGAAUCGACUAUUAGCUCUCUCUCUCUCUCUCUCUCUCUCAUCAGGGAAAGAUACGUUCUAUGACCAAGGCUAACAGAUUUUUGAAUUUUCAAAUAUCAAACGGUUGCAACGCAACUACCCCAUGGAACACGCAUCUGAGAGAGCUUGCAAAGCACGGCCACUUUCGAGAAGGCCUCAUACUCUACCGCCAAAUGCUCCGUUCCGGCGACUCCCCCAACGCGUUUUCCUUCCCCUUCGCCCUCAAAUCGUGUGCCGCCCUCUCGCUCCCAGCUGCCGGCGCCCAGCUCCAUGGACAUGUCAUCAAGACGGGGUGCGUAUCCGAACCUUUUGUUCAGAGCUCUCUGAUAGCCUUGUAUUCUAAAUGCUCUCUAAUUGAGAAUGCACGCAAAGUGUUUGAUGAAGUCGCUUACUUAACAAAAUCAACAGUUUGUCACAAUGCGUUGAUUUCUGGGUUCACCUUGAAUUCUCGAUAUAGUGAUGCUGUUUCACUUUUUUGUUUCAUGAGGAGAAUGGGUGUUCCGUGCGAUGCAGUUACAAUGCUUGGUCUAGUCCCUGUUUGUACCCUUUCCGUACACUUGGAGCUGGGCAUGUGCAUUCAUGCUUGUAAUGUGAAGUUUGGAUUGGACAAUGAUGUAGCUGUUGGGAAUUGUUUGCUUACUAUGUACGUGCGAUGUGGGUCAGUUGGUCUUGCUCGAAAGUUAUUUAAUGAAAUGCCUAAAAAGGAAUUGAUAACUUGGAAUGCGAUGAUUUCUGGGUAUGCCCAAAAUGGGCUUGCUGCCAAUGUUUUGGAACUUUAUCGUGAGAUGGACUCUAUGGGAAUUUGUGCUGAUGCCGUAACUCUUCUUGGGGUUCUCUCGUCCUGUGCUCAUCUUGGUGCCCAAAGUGUUGGUCGGGAGGUAGAACGGCGGAUAGAGUGUGGUGGAUUUGGUUUGAAUCCAUUUUUGAAGAAUGCGCUAAUUAAUAUGUAUGCCAGGUGUGGUAAUCUGGUAAAGGCUCGUGCAAUUUUUGAUGACAUGCCUGUGAAAAGCCUAAUUUCGUGGACAGCAAUUAUAGGUGGUUACGGAAUGCAUGGACAUGGAGAAAUUGCUGUACAACUUUUUGACAAAAUGGUCAGGGCUGGUGUUCAACCUGAUGGAACAGUGUUUGUGUGUGUUUUGUCAGCGUGUAGCCAUGCAGGGCUGACUGAUAAGGGCUUGGAUUAUUUUGCUGCAAUGGGAACAAAUUAUGGGCUGCAACCAGGACUAGAGCAUUACUCUUGCAUGGUGGAUCUUUUAGGUCGGGCCGGUCGAUUUGAUGAAGCUCGUAAUCUCAUUGAGUCAAUGUCCAUGGAACCUGAUGGUGCUGUAUGGGGGGCCCUUUUGGGUGCUUGUAAGAUACACAAAAAUGUUGAUCUUGCAGAGCUUGCUUUUGAGCGGGUUAAUGAGCUUGAACCCAUGAAUAUUGGCUACUAUGUCCUGCUAUCAAAUAUAUAUUCUGAGGCGAAGAACUCGGAUGGGGUGUUAAGGAUUCGAGUAAUGAUGAGAGAGCGGAAGCUCAGAAAAGAGCCAGGUUGUAGCUAUGUUGAGCAUAAGGGAAGGAUGCACCUCUUCUUGGCUGGGGAUAGAACUCAUCCUCAAACAGAGGAGAUUUACAGAAUGUUGGAGCAUUUGGAGGAUUUAGUUAAGGAACUCGGUGGGUCCAAAAGUAGUGAUGAGGAGAGAUGUGAUGAAGAGCUCAUGACUGGCAUGGGAGUACACAGUGAAAAGUUGGCGAUUGCAUUUGGACUCUUAAACACCGAAGCAGGGGCAGAGAUUGUCAUAAUAAAGAACCUGAGAGUAUGUGGAGACUGUCACGUGUUUAUCAAGUUGGUUAGCAAGAUUCUGGAUCGCCAUUUUGUUGUUAGAGAUGCAACUCGUUUCCAUCAUUUUGAGGAUGGGGUCUGUUCUUGCAAGGACUACUGGUGAGACUUCUAUUGUUUUUGGAAGAUUUGAAUCAACUCCACCUGGUUGAAAGCAGCACAGCCCCAGGAGGUCAAGAUAUUGGUAAGUUUGUAUUGCAGCUCGUCAACUUUUUUCAGAGAUCUGAACAUUUUGAAGUUGGAGUAUAGCAUGAAAUUUCAUGCUUUUGGGAUCACCGAAUUUGGCUCAAAGUGGUUGCUGGAAUUCAGUUGGCUGGGUUGGAGAAGGGGGGGAGGUGCCGGAAGCUUUUGCCGAUAGGCUCUUGCUUAGAUGUAUUGACCACAUAAGAGACAAUUGUUGCUAGCUUUUAAAGAGGUUAUAAUCUCCAGCAAGUGAUCAUAAAAUUAAUUUCAAUAGUCACAUAUGCUAAUUUUAAGGGGCCAUUGCCUGGAGUUUUGGUAAUGAACAUGUUCCAAAAUCUUUGAUAGUGACCACUGUGUGCAAAAAUGUUGGAGCUUAGGACUCUCCCAGGGCCUCCAUUGUAGGACAAACUGGUUAAUGGCCUUUGUGCAUCUCAAUUUGAUGAAAUGGAAGAGGUCUUUAUAAUCACGUGAAGCGAGGAAUUUGAAAGAGAAAUGAUGAGCUCAUCAUACGAAUGGACCAAAACAAAUAAAUAUAUUUGUUUGUACAACUAUAUUUGUGCAAAUAAUCAGCAUAAUACAGAGACUCACAAUUCAUAUGAAGUAGCAUUGUGCAUCAUUGAGGAGAUUUCCACACAUGUUAUUCCUCUUUUUCAGUUUUUUCUUCUUUUCUUUCCAUUUUCCUAUCUCCUUUCUCAAUGGUGGUCUGGAGUUCGGGAGCAUUGAAUUCAAAAUUGGGAAUUCGAAUUGUAUGAAGUUCAAUUGCAACUCAUAUUGUUAUGUAUUAGAAUUUAGGUUUUGUCUAAAUUCAUACAACUUCAAAUUUAAAGCUUUUAUUUUGUCUAUAUCAAU